AUGGCAGAAUACACCAUCAAAGACCUCGCGUCUCACAAAUCCAGGGAUGACCUGUGGAUCGCCAUACACGGAAAGGUAUACAACAUAACGCCCUACAUCCGCGACCACCCCGGCGGCCCAGAUGUCCUCCUCGACACAGCCGGCACCGACGCCACAGAAGCAUACGACGAAGUCGGCCACUCCGAAGACGCAGACGAAAUCCUGCAAACAUACUACAUCGGAACGUUGAGAGACGCACAGGAACACCGUCCAAAGAACAAGACCGUUCGCGUGAUUCAGCAGCCUGCCAAGUCUACGGUGGAAGUUUCGAAGACUGCCAAAGGCCCAGGUUUGGGGAGUAUACUCAAGGCGAUUGCCCUCAUUGCAACCUCGAGCGCGGGCGUUGCACUUCCCGCGUACCUCUUCUUUUCCUCCGGGGGAACUGUCGACAUCCAUCGAUUUCUCCCAAAAAGUCUACCCUCAUGGCCAUCGAUUGCCUCACUACAACAAAGCGCAACGGCAGGCAAAGGAAGUUUCACAACGGGCUUCACAACAGCAACCCUCCUCAUGAGCACCCUGGCCGUCCUCGCAAUCCCCAAACUCUCCGCCCUAACAUCUCCCGACUCCGGCUUCGCCAGAUACCCGCCGCAUAUGAAAUCGCGCAGAGCACCCAAGCCCAAUCCGCAUCUCGCAAACGGCUUCCUCAACCCCAAGGGCUACAAAUCCCUCCCGCUAGUCCGGAAGGAUGAGCUCGCGCCAAAUGUCUACCGCUUUGUGUUUGAUCUCCCGAAAUCAACGGAUGUCAUCGGUCUUCCUAUCGGACAGCAUGUCGCUAUCAAGGCUGUUAUCAACGGAGAAACAGUUUCGCGGUCUUACACGCCGACAUCGAAUAACACUGAUCUCGGCCGCCUGGAACUAGUCAUAAAAUGCUACCCCGACGGUCUGUUGACCGGCAAAUACCUCGCCAAUCUGCAAAUCGGGGAUACAGUGCAAUUCCGCGGACCAAAAGGCGCGAUGAAGUACUCCCGGGGUCUGUGUAAGAAGAUCGGGAUGAUUGCGGGUGGCACCGGUAUCACCCCUAUGUACCAAUUGAUCCGUGCGAUUUGUGAGGAUGAUGCGGAUGAGACGGAGGUUAGUCUGGUGUAUGCGAAUCGCGCGGAGGGGGAUAUUCUGCUGCGGAGGGAGUUGGAGGCGUUUGCCAAGGCGUAUCCGAGGAAGUUGAGGAUUUGGUAUAUGCUUGAUCAGCCGGAGAAAGGAUGGAAGUAUGGAUCUGGGUAUGUUACUCCGGAUGUUAUGAGGGAGAAGUUACCGGGAGCAGCGCCGGAUACUAGGAUCAUGCUUUGCGGGCCUCCGGGGAUGGUGAAUGCGGCCAAGAAGGGUCUGGUUGGGUUGGGAUUUCAGGCUCCAGGGGCUGUGGCGAAGAUGUCGGAUCAGAUUUUCUGUUUUUAG